GUUCACCUCUCUCUCUCCUACGAAUACAAAGGCCUUAUGUUCCGGCCGUAUCUGGCUGAAGUGCGUCUGCUGGAAGAAAACCACGCUCCUCUACAGCUCAUACAAGUGAUGGCCUAUCAUGCUGACCAGCUGGGCCGGCCACUCUUCUGGCAGCAAUCUAAUCUCAAAUCUGAUCAAAACUUUGACGGAGAGCUUGGCCCUGAGCCAUUUGUGGAUGAAGCAGGUGGGCUAAGUGGCUCACGCCGGAUCCAUGAGACGAAUAGAUGGUUUAAGCAAGAAGAACCAGCAGCCGAUUGGGAGGGCAGUCAUAGUGAUCCUGGACAAGGCAGCAUUAUCUACUCAAUUGCUCGAGGCUACGACUAUAACGGCAGUUUGACGAUCAACCCUGAGACAGGCCCCGACCUUCUUUCUCAGUUUUAA